UUCAACAUGAAGACAUCUCAGAAGUUCGUUCUCUACCUGACAUGUUUCUUCUUGGGGAAAAUGGUUCAGAUGCAUCAAUUUAUCUUGUCUCAUCAAGACAGUGGAUUUAUAUCAGCUGAAGUUGGAGACAACUUGACUUUGCAAUGUUUCUAUGAGAAGGAUGAAAAAAAAAUGUAUUGGUACAAACAGACAUUAGGACAAAAACCUCGAAUUAUCUCAGUGACGUACAAAUCCACUAAAAGUAGUCCGUUAUUGAAUGGAUUCAAGGACUAUCACCGCUUCACUGUGGAAAAUAUGGAUAAUGCGAGUCACCUAAAUAUCUCAGAUCUGCAGCUUUCAGACUCAGCUACUUACUUCUGUUUACAGAGUCGUUCACAUGUGCUUGAGUUUAUGGAGGGCGUCACUGUCAGUGUGAAAGGUUCAGGGUCUAACAUCCAGGCUGUGGUGCAUCAGUCUGAGAGCAUCCAGCCAGGAGGCUCUGUGACUCUCAGCUGUACAGUUCACACUGGGACCUGUGAUGGAGAACACAGUGUUUACUGGUUCAAGAACUCUGAAGAUCCUCAGCCAGGACUCAUUUACACCCACGGAGACAGGAACCAUCAGUGUGAGAGGAAACCAGACACACAGACACACACCUGUGUCUACAACUUGUCAAUGGAGAGAGUGAACCGUUCUCAUGCUGGGACCUACUACUGUGCUGUUGCUGCAUGUGGACACAUUGUGUUUGGAAACGGGACCAAGCUGGAGUUUGAUGAUGAGGUGAACUGGCUGGUGUAUUUCCUGAGUGGAGCUUUGGGAUUAACCACCUGCCUUUUGCUGGCUGUGUUACUGUACAAGAUAAACAGGAGAAGAUGCUGGAUAUGUUCAGAGUCUAGUACACAACCAUCAUCUCCCUCCACAACAAAUGCAGAGGGCAACCAACAUGCAGAUGACCUCCAUUACGCUGCAGUAAAUGUGAACGUGGCCAGCAGAUCAAGACGACAGAGGGACAACACAAACGAUGGAUGUGUGUACUCAAGUGUUAAACUCUAGAAUUGUUUUGUCUGGAACGGUCUAUGUUUGAGAUGAGGGAUUUCUCAGUCUGUCUUUAGAGGUGGAGCAUGAUUCUUGUCUGUAUUGCUUUUUUAUCCUUUUUCUUAUUAUAAAUGUGGCCUUUUUUGUGAUUAAUGAUAAAAAACAACUUGUGAUGUAAUUACACUUUUAUGGUUAGACAAUGUGUGUGUGGGGGGGGCAAUGUUUGGACAGUUGCUGUUGGUCUUUGAUUGAAUGACACUUUGACGAUGACAUAUGGAAAACAAUGAUUCAACCUCUUGUAAUGAAAGUCGAAUGAAAGGUAUUACUCAUAUAGCAGGGACCUAAAUAUGUUGACACCCUCACAUUAUGGAAACAAAACAUGAGUCCAUAUGAUGUAAAUCAUUAAAUGUCGUAUGUUUUAAGCUUCGGUUUAGGUCAGGGUAAAGUUUGGAGUUAAAGACAAGACACUGUAACGUCCUCUGAAAUCAUGGAGACAUGUGGCAUAACACAUCCAACACUUCAAAAUUGAAUUUUACAUUUUAGGUAGAAUUAGUUGUCCUCUCUUUUUGUUUUGUAUUUUAUUUAGAUACUGAUUCUAUAGACACGAGGGAACGUAUUUUGAUUU